GGUGUCCAGAGUACAGCGGGAAGAGCGUCUCCGUGGUGGCUCGGCCUUCUCUGCUCUGAGAAGAGGAAGCCGGAGGCUUCGGGAGCGGGAAGUGGUCCAGAAACUGCUCAGGUGUGGAUGUAGGUUGUUGAGCAACAGACAUUCCUGCCUUCUUGAUUCUUCACGAAGAAACAGUGUUGUGAUGCAUUAGGAUAAUCCAUUGCCCGUGAUGCUACUUCCCAUCCAGCUCUCUGCAGUGCAUCUGAGAAGCAGCAGACAACCCAAAUUCUUGAGUCCCUGCCACCAUGAGGGAGACUUGGAUGGAGUUCCAGAUCCGAGCUUUGAUCUGACCCAGUCCCAGCCAUUGUGACCAUUUGGCUUUCAGGUGAUUGACGAGGACAGAGUCCCUAAGCUGCAAAGAGACUGAAUUUUGGAAACUACGUCCAGAACUCCACAGUGCGUAUUCAGGUGCUCUUCCCUCAGGCCUGCAGGCGGACAGUGAGAGCAACAGUGAUGAUAGCAUUUGAAGACCUGGCUGUGUUCUUUACUUGGGAGGAAUGGCAGAACAUGAACCAAGCUCAGAAAAUCCUGUACAGGGAUGUGAUGCUGGAGACCUACAGCAACCUGUUCUCCCUUGGGUACUGCAUGACCAAACCUGACUUGAUCUUCAAGUUGGAGCAAGGAGCAGAGCCCUGGAUGGGGGAAGAAUGCCUACAUCAGAGCCUUCCAGUUGCCAUGAAACUGGAUGAACUGAUUAAGACCAACCAGAAAAGUCUGGAGAAAAAUCUGAAUCAGGAUGUUAUGAAAAAUAAUAAGACAUUAACUCCCAAGGGAGUUGAAUUCAGAAAAACACUUAAUUUAAGUAUAAGCCAUAUUCCAAAACUGAGUAUCAAAAAGAGAAACUAUUCAGGAAUAAAACCUGAAGAAUGUAGUAUAUGUCAGAAUGUGUAUCCCCAUUGUGGGCCUGAUCAGCUACAAGCUGGAGAGAAAUUUGAUGCUACUACGGUACCUGGGAACACUCUCCAGUUCUGUGAGCCUCUUAAUCAACAGCACAAAAUUCAGACCAUGGAGCAGGCACUUGAACAAAUUGGACAAGGGAAAGUCUUCAAAAGGAAGAAUAUAUUCUAUGGAUCUGAGAAGCUUUUUAUGGUAGAAACCUGUAAUAAGCCAACUGCUACUAUUGGCAAGACAACUCAAAUACUACAAGAUUUCCAUAAAAAGUCUAACCUCAGUAUACAUCAACAAAGUCCCAAAAGAGAGAACGUUUAUAAAUAUAUUGGGCCUGUGGAACCUGUCAUUUACCAAUCACAUGUUAGAAUGAAUCAUAGACCAAAUAUAGAGAAGGAAUCCUAUGCAUGUAAAACUUGUGGGAAGUCAUUCAGUAAUAAAUUCUGCCAUCCCCUCCAUCACAGCACUCAUAUAGUGGAAAACCCUCAUGUGUGUAAUGAUUGUAGAGAAACCACUCACCAGAAGUCAGGUGUCAUUAGACAUCAGAGAAUUUACACAGGGUUGAAAUCUUAUAAAUGUAAUGACUGUGGGAAGUUCUUUGACCAGAAGAAACACCUCAUAAAUCAUCAGAGAAUUCACACAGGGGAGAAACCUUAUGAAUGUAAUUAUUGUGGAAAAACCUUUGGCCAGAAGUCACAACUCAAAAUGCAUCAGAGAAGUCACACAGGGGAGAAGCCUUAUGAAUGCAAUGACUGUGGAAAAGCCUUUGGCCGGAAGUCACACCUCAUAAAUCAUCAGAGAAGUCACACAGGGGAGUGGCCUUAUGAGUGCAAUGACUGUGGAAAAGCCUUUGGCCAGAAGUCACAACUCAAAAAGCAUCAGAGAAUUCACACAGGGGAGAAGCCUUAUGAAUGCAAUGACUGUGGAAAAGCCUUUGGCCGGAAGUCACACCUCAUAAAUCAUCAGAGAAGUCACACAGGGGAGAGGCCUUAUGAGUGCAAUGACUGUGGAAAAGCCUUUGGCCAGAAGCCACACCUCAUAACUCAUCAGAGAAGUCACAGAGAGGAUAAGCGUUAUGAAUGCGGUGACUGUGGAAAAACCUUUGGCCGGAAGUCAAUCCUCAGAAAUCAUCAGAGAAGUCACACAGGGGAGAGGCCUUAUGAAUGCAAUGACUGUGGAAAAGCCUUUGGCCACAAGUCAUACCUCAUAAUUCAUCAGAGAAUUCACACAGGGGAUAAGCCUUAUGAAUGCAAUGACUGUGGAAAAGCCUUUGGCCGGAAGUCAAUCCUCAGAAAUCAUCAGAGAAUUCACACAGGGGAGAAACCUUAUGAAUGCAGUGACUGCGGAAAAACCUUUGGCCAGAAUUCAAACUUCAGAAAGCAUCAGAUAAUUCACACAGGGGAGAAGCGUUAUGAGUGCAAUGACUGUGGGAAAACCUUUGCCCAGAAGUCACACCUCAUAAAUCAUCAGAGAAGUCACACAGGGGAGAAACCUUAUGAAUGCAGUGACUGUGGAAAAGCCUUUGGCCACAAGUCAUCCCUCAUAAUUCAUCAGAGAAUUCACACAGGGGAUAAGCCUUAUGAAUGCAAUGACUGUGGAAAAGCCUUUGGCCAGAAGUCACAACUCAAAAAGCAUCAGAGAAUUCACACAGGGGAGAAGCCUUAUGAAUGCAAUGACUGUGGAAAAGCCUUUGGUCCCAUCCUUGCAUACCGAGGAUAAAUCCCACUUGGUCUGGGUGGAUGAUCUUUCUGAUGCAUUGUUAGAUUAAAUUGGCCAGAAUUUUGUUGCGGAUCUUUGCAUGUAUGUUCAUCAGGGAAAUUGGUCUAUAAUUACUUUCUCUGUUGUAGUUUUUUCAGGUUUAGGAAUGAAGGUGAUGCUGGCUUCAUAGAAAGAAUUUGGGAGAAUCACCUCUCUCUCAAUUGUUUUGAAUAACUUGAGAAGAAUUGAAGUUAGUUCUUCUUUAAAUGUCUGUCAGAAUUCAACAGUGAAGCCAUCCAAUCCUGAGAUUUUCUUUGUGGCAAGGGUCUUUAUUACUGAUAUCAUUUCCAUCUGGUUGUGGGUGUGUUUAGUUUUCCUAUAUCUGUGUUGCUCAAUUUAUGUAGGUUUUAUGGAUGUCAGGAUGGUGGAAAGCCUUUUUGCUGUAAUUCAUAACUCAUAAGAUAUCAGAGAAUUCACACAGGGAAUUUUCUAUAUGACCUUUUUGUGCAAGUUAUAUCUCAUGAAAUAUUAGAGAAUUCACCAAGGGGAGAAAUGCAUGAAUGUAAUAAAUGUGAAUAAGCCUUUGUGGUGCAAAUCAGACCUCAUCAAACAUAAAAGAAUUCUCAUGGGGAGAAAUUUUAUGAAUGUAAUGACUCAGAGCCUUUUACCAUAAUUCAGCCCUCACUGUACAUCAUCAAAUUCAUAUAGGGAAAAACCCCUUUGAAAGUAAAAUCCCUUUAAUUAGAAGCCAUACCUCAUAAGACAACAGGGAAUUCACAUGGGAGAGAAACAUUAUGGGUGUAAUGAGUGUUGGAAAGCUCUGCCCAAAUCUCUCCUUAUAUCAGAAUGCACAACAUAUAUAUCUAAUGAAUGAAAUACAUGUGAGAAAGCCAUUUCACAUAAGUAAUGCCUCAUAAUCCAUCAUGGAGCUUGAACAAGGGAGAGACCUUAACAAUAUAAUGAAGGUGGAAGAGCUUUUCCCCAAAAUUCAUGUACGUAUUGUGAUAAAACCUUUUGCUGGAAAUCACAUCCUAUCUAACAGACUCAUGUAAUGGAGAAAGCUUAUAAAUAUUAUUAGUGUGAAAAGAUUGUCAGAAGUCAAUGGUACAUCAGAGAAUUGACACAGGUGGUUUCUUAGGAGUAUAAUGAUUGUGUAAAAACAUUUUCUUUAUUUCAGGCUUGUAUAGAUAUAGAAUUCACAAAAGGUAAUAUUCUUUGCAUGCUGUGAAUUUGAUAAAACUGUUAGCCAGAAAUUAGACAUCAACAGACUUCAGAGGAUUCAUAAGGAACAAAAUUCCAUGCAAUGACUUUGGAAAAAGUAUUUCUGCUGUAAAUCAGUCUUUAAUUCCCAUGAACAGACUCACAAAUUAGAAAACAUGCAUGUAUAGAAAAGUUUUGUACCAUAAAUUAUCUCUAGAUGGUAAACUAAUAAUUCACACAAAAGAAAAAUCAUGAGUGUAAUGGAAUUGGGAAACCCUUUGCUGUAAGGCAGAUUUCCAGGAAGCUUAGCAAGAUUACACAAAAGUCUCUGAAAAUGUAACAUGUCUGAAAGAAUUGUUAGCAUCACAAAGUGGAGGAUAGCUCAAGUGCAUGUGUUUUUGUGACCUGGCAUCCAAAUUGGUAUCUCUUUUUCUUUGAUGAAUUCCUUGUUUAUUUAUUGAACAGAUUUAGAGACAAAGUGUUCCUGUCCAUUGAUUUACUAUCAUAUGCCCACAAUUGCCAUGGUAAGGUCUAUGGCAAAAUCUGAGUGCUGAGGGCUGUAAAUCUGAUUCAUCACGGAUAAUGCUGAAGACAUUGGUUCCUGGUUUUUACACCGCUAUGCAUGGAAAUGUUUUUCUAAUUUGUUUUUCAAAGAGUUCAUUGUUAAUAUAAAGAAAUGCUCCUGAUUUUUAAAAUUUUAUUUAAAUAAUUUGUGAUCAGUGUGUACUAGUCAGACAUUAUUACAGGGUGUAGUGCAGUAUUUGUACACAUUUACACAGUAGAAACUGAUCAAGCUAAGCAACUACAGUUUUAUCAAUUUGUUUAAAGAUUUAUUUAUUUGAAAGACAGAGUUACAGAGAGAAGUAGCAGCAGAGAGAGGGAGAGGUCUUCCUCUGCUGGUUCACUCCCCAGAUGGCUGCAAUGGCUGGAGCUGUGCCAAUCUAAUGCCAGGAACCAAGAGCUUCUUCCAGAUCUCCCACUUGGGUUCAGGGACCAAGGACUUGGGCCAUCUUCUACUGCUUUGCCAGGCCAUAGCAGAGAGUUGGAUUGGAAGAGGAGCAGCCAGGACUAGAACUGGUGCCCACAUGGGAUGCUGGUGCUUCAGGCCAGGGUGUUAGCCCACUGUGCCACAAUGCUGGCCCCCAAGCAACUACAGUUUAAUUCUUCUCCAUGAUUUGAGACUACCAGCUCCUCUCUUCCAGUUCUUUACACAGAACCUAAUAUGGUUGAAUGUAGUCAUCUCAUUAUAUUAUGGAACACCAGAAGUUCCUUCUGCCUCUUUGUAUUUUGUUACCUAUUAUCCAAUCUCCUUCUAUCCCUAGCUGCUUCCCUUCUCAGCCUCUAAUAAUCACAGUUCUGUGUUCAGAUCCAUUAUUUUCUUUCACUUCCACAUGUGACAAGGACUAUGUGACAUUUAUGUUCCUGUUUCUGGCUUAUUUCAAUUAAUUUAAUAAUAUUUUGUUCUUUUUUGUAUCUAAAUGAUGUUCCCCUGUCCAUUUUUUUCAUUGAUGGACAGCUAGAUUGGUUUCAAAUCAUGGCUGCAGUGAACUGUGUUAUGGGAAAAUUGCUGUAUCUUUGAUAUGCUCUUCUCAUUUCCUUCGAAUAAAAUUUCCUUCUUAUAUAUAGCCAAGAGCAAGAUAACUGUCAAACAGUAUGUCAAUUUUUAUCUUUAUUUUAAAUUUUUGUUAUUUAUUUGAAAGAGUUACAGACAGAGGUAGAGACACAGAGAGGUCCUCCAUUAGCUGGUUCACUGUACAGAUGACUACAAAGGCUGGAGCUGUGCCAUUCUGAAGCCUGGAAACAGGAGCUUCCUCUGGGUCUCCCACGUGGGUGGAUGGGCCCAAGGACUUGGGCCAUCUUCUUCUGCUAUCCCAGGACAUAGCAGAGAGCUGGAUUGGAAGAAGAGCAGCUGGAACUAGAACUGGCACCCAAAUGGGAUGCUGGCCCUUCAGGCCAGGGUUUUAACCCACUGCACCACAGUGCUGGCCCAAAGUUUUAUCUUUUUUAAGGAGUGACCAUACUGUUCUCCAUAACAACUGUACUAAUUUGUAUUUUCACCCACCAUAUAUGAAGGUUUUCUUUUCCCAUAUGCUCUCUAGCAUUUGUUAUUUUUUAUCAUUUUGGCAUAAAGAUGAUAUAAUAUUGUU